GAGCUGUCAUGAGGCAGGACACGAGGAACACAUUUGGAACUUCACAACAGUUUGGCGUUGGAAAGCAACGGUCACAGGAUUCUCCCAGAAAUCAGCCCUGUCAUGCUGUGCUGCUGGGAGGAACUACGGAUAACGGGCUCCACAUUUACAGAUGAGGAGAGUGUAGUCUGGAGCAGGAGUCGUGCGCCGGGGAGAGACUCCAAAAUAUGGCUCCCAGGCUCCUCCGCGCGCCGCAGGUUUCUCUCCGGCUGCUGUCAGUAAUGCGCUUCUGGCUCUUGAUGUCCGCGAGAGCGCUGGAGAUAAUUGACAGAGACGCACCUGAACUCACCUGUAGCGAGGGAUUAACUGACUGCACUGUGAGCCAAGACCUUCAAUUUAUGACCAAUCAAGAUGGCACUAUCGAUGUUACAAAUGUGCAGCUUAAAGUGAUUCUGUGCUGUUCAGCCACAGACUGUGAACCAGGCCUGCAAGUCCUCAUCACAGUACAAGAAGUUGAUUUAGUAAAAGAGGCUUCUGAUCAGUCUGGAGACCGCAGUGAUGAAGAGAAGUUGUCUAACACGAAUCAAACGGCAGAAGGAAGUGGCACAGUUCCAGAGCUGAGAGCUACGGUGAUAGUAUGUUUCAGCUCUCCAGGCUCCAUGGACUUUUGCAAGACACUCCGGUUUAAACCAAGCUCCUCUGGUUUAGAUCAAGCUUCUUCCCAACGACCCAAGCAUAAGCUGGUGUUGACAGAGGAAAAAGUGACAUUGGGCAAUCCCCUUGUGGUUCGAGUCUCAAGUUCAAAUAAAAUGGAAGAAAUCACCAUCCCAUCUUUGGAAGAAGUUUGCUCCAUGAAUCUAAAUAGGACUUUAAAGAAGUGUGAUGUUCCCAGACUCCGAUUUGAUCAUGAGAGAAAUGUCGUCGUCCUCCUCCAGAGAGAAAACUCUAACGUCACUGAUGAGCUCAUGGUUUGGAAUCACCAGACUGGAGAGGUUAUUGUGUGGCCCAAAGACGACAGAGAGAUCAUCCUUCCGUCCAAAUUUGUUGCACCAUGCAUGUGCUUUCAGGUAUGGUGGAAGAAAAAUGAGCUUCGAAACGAAUACUGCCCUUUCCUAAACCGACAAGAUGUGCUGGAAAGAAUGCAGCACAAUGUGUCUGUGUCUCUGAAGGAGUCUCUGCAGAGGGGGGGAGGCUCUGUGCUGAUCUGGAAUGUGACGGCCCCCUGCAGGCUGAACGCAGAGGUGAGCCUGUGCAAGAAGGACCCUGCAGGGGGCCGCUGUGAAGAGGUGAAGGGCUUCAGACAGGAACUGCACAAUCAUACUGGCUGGACGAAAAUACGCACUGGAUAUUGGAAAACUGAUACGUUCAAUAUCUCGUCGCAUCCUCUGCUUUGUGUUCAGAUAAAGAUACAAGGGAUCGAGUCAUACUUAGAGCCACAGUGUCCAUUUGCAACAUCUCGAUGGAGAUGGAGCUUGCCACUCCUCAUCGGACUACUACUGAUGUCUUUGGCCUUACUAGGGGCAUAUCUUAUGCAAGGGGUCCUGAAAGGCUACAUGUGGAGAUGGUUGAAAGACGAAGAUGUUAAAGGUGCUGUGGGUGGGGGUCAUGUGGUGUUGCUGUACCCACCUGAUGACAACCAGGCUUUGCCAGAGAUGAUGAGUCACCUGGGCUCUUCCCUCCUGGCUCUGGGCUUCACCGUGUCUCUAGACCUGUGGAGUCAGACUGAGCUGAGCGUUUUGGGCCCUGUGCCCUGGCUCCACUCAAGACUGAACCGGCUGCAAAAGCAGGGGGGCAAAGUGGUGCUGGUCCUCACCCAGGCUGCCUGGAUAAGGGCUGAAGAAUGGGGGGCUCGUAGCUCGGAGAGAAACAAUCCACACAGAGACAUAGAGGAGACAGGAAGAAGCUACACUGCGUCUUCGCCCUGUGUAGAUGUGUUUACUGCCUCAUUGAGCUGUAUCCUAGCAGACUAUUUACAGGGCCGUGCCGGUGAGCGGUUUGUGUUGGUGCAGUUUGAAUCACUUCCACCUGAGCCUCCCGGUGGUUUUCGGCCACUGCCAGAACUUUUCCGCGGCCUUCAUGUCUACAGCCUUCCAUCCCAGAGUCUGGGUUUUUUGACAGAACUGGCAGGUGCUCGGCAAAUGGCCACGGCCUCAGCCAGACGGAAAAGAGCAGGCGGGCUCAGGAUGGCGUCCAGAGCGCUGGCACAGGGGCUGUCAGGGUUCACAGCAGGGACAACUGUAUUACGCCUGGCAGGAGUGUCCCAGAGCUGUGUCGGGGUAGGGGUUGAAGACUCAGGGGAAACAGUGCCCUUGCAGCAAUGUCUUAUCACGCCUCCCUCGAGCACUGACUCUAGCCCGAAGCUCAAUGCGAUGGAGUGGGUCUAACAGCAGGAGGGGAUUACUAAAGGCUUCAGGUUUUGAAUGCCAGUAAAGCGUUGAAGUGAUACUCUGGUAGAAGUUCAGAUAAAGCGUUAUCAAUUUGAAGGAUUUGCAUUUGCUGGUCUAAUCCUAUGGGGUCUGGUUGAGAAAAAGGGAUAAAGUUGUUCAUUUUCUUUUUAUUAAAACAGUUCUUAUAGCUUGAACUAUUGCUGCUCCAGAGCAAUAGAAGCACAUAACACUAUACCUCACACUACUUCUAAAAGAAAACUCUAAUUGAUGCACAGCUUGAUCACCAGCUUGAACAUGGUUUGUGAUGAAUAUAACUUAUUUUGAAAUCUUCAUACCGAAAUUACAUUAACAUACAAAACAAUAUUCUCAAAGAAGUAAAUCGCUCUUCUGAUUUUUCCUAACAAUAUGUUGUUUAUUUAGGCUGUUGACCAGUGUUAAACUGUGUGUGUUUGAUACAAUUAACUCGUUUUUGACAUUCUGCAUGCACAUGUAUUGAAUAUAAAUGCCAAUAGAGACAUGAAGAUACUUGUAGCAGCAUGGUGAGUCUGUUUUAUACUGUGUUUUGUUUUACAGUUAAUGUGUGAUCGAAUAAAUAGUCUGUCUGACUCAGGAAGUCAGAUUAUCUUCUUAUUACAAAA